AAAUCUAUAGAAAUCUUUUUUUAAGUAUAGAAACGGUAUCCUUAAUAAUAUCUCUUCCAAAGGUGCGAAUUGGAGAAAAGACGAUAAAUGGCCUGUAUACGUAUCAAUAUACAUUCAUGGAAAACGAAUUGGAUAACGGAGCAAUAAAUCCAGAAAAUAAAUGCUUCUGUCGUCAAGGAUUAUGUUUGAAACCCGGCUUAAUCGACGUCACCGAUUGUUAUUAUGGAUUUCCAAUCGCCCUGUCAUAUCCGCACUUCUACAAAAGUGAUCCGUCACUAGUGGAAGCUAUCGAAGGAUUGGAGCCGAAAAAGGAAGAUCAUGAGUCUUAUUUCUUUAUUCAGCCAAAGUCCGGAAUUCCAGUGGACAUAGCAUUCCGAUUUCAGAUCAACAUGGCUCUGCAGAAUAUCGAACACAUGGCUAGAGUAGAAAAAUUCUCCGAAUUAACGAUUCCGCUACUAUGGUUCGAAAUUGGAAUGUACGAGCUACCGAAAUUCAUGAACCUUCGUUUCUGGCUUUAUCUGAACAUCUUGCCAGUAAUGGAAGAAGUAAUGACGUACGUGCUCUUCCUCUCUGGCGCGAUGCUUCUCAUCUGGAGCAUUGUGAAAAUAUUGUCGUAUCAAGCGAAGGGAUCAUCGGAAUGGUUGGAAAUGGAAAAAGAUCGACGAAAGACACAGAAUAAGAAGCAAGUUGAGCUGAAGGAUAAAGAGAUAGACGCGUAUAAUUCGCUCUUAACUUCCGGCGAUCCAAGUUUAGCAUUAGUGGUGUAAUUAUUUAGGGAAUAACGAGAGCAGAAAGGAUAUUAUUUCUUUCUAACUAUUUUAGUCUUAAUAAUUGCUCUAUUGGCGAAAGAGCGACAAAUACAGUAGAUUAUUUUAUUAUAUUUAUAUACUCUGUAUAUUACUGUGCUAUUAUCGUACCAGAAUACGAUUUUGUUGAACAAGUAAUGUCAGGGUAUUCAAAGUUCUCACCAUUUGAUUUAAUCGAUUUUGAUUAAAUCAAUUUAUGAACACUUCCAUGUUUUAAUAUUUUUUUAUUUGACAAUGUAGAUGAUCAAUGGAAAAAACAUCCAAAAUUUUUCUUCAAUCCGGUAAUUCGUAUUUUUAAUUGUUAACAGUUUUAAUCAAAAUGUUUUCCCAACUUGUAAGUUUAUUACAGAGAAUAAUAGCAAUGCUGUCUAUCGAUCUACAUUCCAAUAUUAAAUAAAGUUAUUUUCUCUCUU